CUCCUGCCAAAGUACGCAACAAUAUUAUGCUAGAGUCUGUUGAUGCAUUCUGUUUUACGAUACAAUCCAUUGAUCAACUUCCAAAGAAUGUUGCGAAAGGCAUUAUUGAAGAAUCGCAAUCAAAGUGAAACCGGGGGUCUUGCUACUGAAUUAAAAAUCAAAGUUGGUGCAAGAGUAAUGCUUACAGUCAAUAUUGAUAUUGCUGACAGACUGAUCAAUGGCCAAAUAGGUACUGUCAAGCAUGUAAAAGCAGACAAUGCAAACAAAGUUUCGAAGAUAUACGUGUUAUUUGAUGACCCCAAGGCAGGCAAGGAGGCCAUAUUUAAAAGCAAUUGUUCAAAUAGAUGGGUACCAAUCGAGAGAGCAGAAGCAAAUAUCAAACUGAAAAUCAGCAAAGAUACAUCACCUGUAAUCAAACGUACUCAGUUCCCACUAAUGCUAUCCUGGGCAUGCACUGUACACAAAGUUCAAGGUUUAACACUGGAUAAAGUUGUUAUUAGCUUUGAUUUGGAGAAGCAGCAUUCAUUUAAUAAUGGCCAGAUGUAUGUUGCACUUAGCAGAGUUACAUCUUUGAAUGGUAUGUGUUUGACAGGAAAACCUUCUAGGUCUGCUAUCAAAUGCAAUUCUCGUGCUACGUUGGAGUAUGAUAGACUACGAAAUGAGUGUGUUUCUCAGCAGAUUCAAAAAUUUUCUGCCCCAUCACAUGAUGUAUUGACUAUAGCACUGUUGAACACAAGAUCGUUAUCUCGGCAUGCUGUUGACAUAUCUUUCGAUGCAGCGCUUACAUUGCAUGAUAUAAUAUGCCUAACAGAAACACAAUUAAAUCCUGGGAAAGAUACUGAAAGUAUCGAUAUUUAUUUGGUGAAUUUCAGUCCACUUCAUAAUUGUAACACUGACAAGUUUCAAAGCAUUUCACUUUUUUUCAGAAGAAGCAUACAUGUACAAAAUCAUCAGUUUGGUCAAGGUGUUACAAUGUUUUCGUUUACUAAGACAUCAUUUUCAGCUGAGACUUUUAAUGCAUUGGUUAUCUAUCGAAAAUGUAAUGAUGCCUUAGAACAUUUUUAUGAUGCCCUAUCUCGCGCAGUUCAAAAUACCAGUGUACAUUUCAUUCUUGGAGAUUUCAACAUCAAUGCACAGGCUCAACCACAAAGAUUAUCAGAUGUUAUGCAUGAUUUCACUCAAAUUGUUACCGAACCUACCCAUUUAGCUGGAGCCACUCUUGAUCAUGUUUAUAUAAAGAACAGUGUUGUGUUAUCAUAUGAUGUGAAAUGUUUUGUAAAAUGUGUACACUUUUCUGAUCAUGAUGCUGUCAACUUUAGUAUAGCAAAGAAGCUUUAAAGCCUGGUUGCCCACCACAUGAACAUUGUUGCCUUUAUCUCAGUUUCAUCUCAGCAGAAGUAAAACUUAGCCCAUCCAUCGUCCAGCUAAAAUCGAAUAUAUUUUCAUCGUUAGGCAAUGAUGAUAUGUUUUAUAUUUUUUCAAUUUUUCCAGGUUUAAUGUUUGUAUAUAUUCAUUGUAUAUUUUUCUUUGUACAUGCUAUAGCUUUGUAAUUUUAUUUAUGACUAUAUCUGUAUAGUACGUGACUUGUACUGAGAAAAAGUAAAUGAAUCGAUUUUUCAGUCAGUCUGCAAUAAGAAUGUAAAAUUUUUUAUAGGCACUAGGAAUAUAUGUUGGUAUUGUUAAAGGCUGUGGAAUGUCAAAGAGACUAAUCGAGAAAUGCAUCGACUCUGUUGUUUAGAAGUGUUAAUUAAGGGUGAUGAAUAUCUGAAAUGAACAUUAUCACGCAAAAAAGAGUGACAUCAAGAAAUCAAACCAAGUCCACGAACCAGAACUUCAUACGAAACUCUUCAAUUCAAUUGGGAAUGAACAGACACUUUUUGGAGCAUCAAUGUAGCUGACAAAAUGCAUUACUACGUAUUGAUUUGGAACGAAUACGAAAUUCAAAAAGAACAUUGUUGAUGGAGCAAUCGCCUAGAAGUACGAAUUUCGAUACAUUUCGAUACAACUGAUAGCUCGUAAUGUUCAUUCGCAACGUAUAGAAGUGAGAAUUUCGAUACAACUGAUAGCUCGUAAUGUUCAUUCGCAACGUAAACAAGUGCGAAUUUCGAUAAAACUAAUAACUCGUAAUGUUCCUUCACAACGUAUAGAAGUGGCAUUUCGAUACAACUGAUAGCUCGUAAUGUUCAUUCGCAACGUAUAGAGUUGCGAACUUCGAUACAACUGAUAGCUCGUAAUGUUCAUUCGCAACGUAUAUAAGUGCGAAUUUCUGUACAACUGAUAGCUCGUAAUGUUCGUUCGCAACGCAUAGAAGAAGUACGAACUUCGAUACGAUUGAUAGGUCGUAAUACUAUUUCAUCCCUAAUCUCAGCUCGAAAAAAACACAACAACUUCUUUCACGAAAUGUUCAGUAGAAGAUAAAGAUGAUGCUUCCGGAAUUAAAAAAUCGACCCGUGGAGACCAUUGACUUUGUUUUACAUUUGUGAAUAUAUAAUAUACAUACACUUCAUUUGAACUGUGUCGUUUUGAGUAACUGAUUGCCCCUUGCAAAUUGCUUUGCCAAUUGCGAGAGAACCUAAACGAUUUUAUAUUAACAAGUGUGAAUAAUUACAGGAAAAACCUAAGAAUAUGAAAGUCUUUUGCCCGCAAACGUGGGAAUAAACUUU